CAACCACCUUCGGUGCCAGAGCUCUCUCUCUCUCUCUCUCUCUCUCUCUUCCUCACUGACGCUCAAAAAGAGUGCCAAAUGCCAGCGAUCACUGCUCCGGUUAUACUCAUAGCCUCCCACAAAGCAAAACCCUUCAAUCUUUCUCUCCCUGGAAGCAACUCAUCAAACAUGUCUCUAACAAUCACAGCUUUUGUUUCUCUUCUUACAAUCUCCCUCCUUUCAACCCCAUCAACUUCUUCUCUUGAGUCUUUCGUUUUCGGUGGAUGUUCACAGCUCAAGUACAUCUCAGGCUCUCCUUAUGAAUCCAACGUCAAUUCGCUACUCACCUCCUUGGUUAACUCUGCCACCUUCACAAACUACAACAACUUCACCGUCCAGAGUCCUUCCUCCUCACAGGACACCCUUUACGGCCUCUUCCAAUGCCGUGGAGACCUCUCCAAUGGGGAUUGUGCUCGCUGUGUUGCUAGCGCCGUCAGUCAACUCGGCACACUCUGCCUUGACUCGUGCGGUGGAGCGCUGCAGCUCGAUGGAUGUUUCGUCAAGUACGACAACAUCAGUUUUUUGGGGGUGGAGGACAAGACCGUGGUGUUAAGGAAAUGCGGGCCGUCGAUUAAUGGGUAUGAGUCUGACGCGUUUACCAGGCGCGAUGCGGUGUUGGACUACUUGGGAGCCAGUGAUGAGUCCUACAAGCCUUACAGGGUUGGUGGGUCCGGCGACGUUAACGGUGUGGCUCAGUGUGUACAGGAUUUGAGUGCGACCGAGUGCCAGGAUUGCAUAUCGGACGCCGUCGGACGGCUGAAAACGGAAUGUGGGCCCGCCGCUUGGGGUCAAAUGUACUUGGCCAAGUGCUACGUUCGCUUCUCGGAGCGUGGAGCUCACUCGCACGGUGGUAAUGACAACAAUAAUGAUGAUGAGAUAGAGAAGACACUUGCAAUAUUAAUUGGGCUUAUUGCUGGGGUUUCCUUGCUCAUUGUAUUCCUUUCUUGCUUGAGAAAUGCUUGUGAAAGAGGAAAAGAUGGUAAAUAUUAGAAAGCUUGUAGACAUACAAGGAAUUGCUCCUCCCUCUGGUAUUUUUUUUUUUUUGGGGGUUCACUUUUGUAUUGUGGUCUUAACUUCUUUUGAGAACUCUCUCUCUUUCCCAAUAGCUAUUUUUGAAGUUUCUUUUCUUCCAUAUCUCCCUGUCAAAAGAGAGCCUGAAAGGGUAGAUAGAAAGAUGUUCAUCUUGAAACAAAUGAAAACAAAGUUGAAAUAAGAUUAAAAGCCUGAAGAUUCCUACACUGAUCUCUUAAGUCUUAUAACAAUGUUAAUUAAUUAGCUUUUGCUUUCAAUU